AUGAACAAUAUCCAACAACAUGGUGGACUGAAAGAUAAGGACCGUAUUUUCACUAACUUGUAUAACAAUUUUGACCGCCAUGUUGAUGCAGCUAUGAAAAGGGGUGAUUGGUACAAGACGAAAGAUUUGAUUAACAAAGGACCUGAUUGGAUUAUUGACCAAAUCAAAAAGUCCGGAUUGAGAGGACGUGGAGGAGCCGGAUUCAACUCUGGUUUAAAGUAUUCUUUCAUGCCAAAGAGCAAUCCUGAUGGUCGUCCAUCUUAUUUAGUCAUCAAUUCUGAUGAAUCUGAGCCAGGUACUUGCAAAGAUAGAGAAAUUGUAAGACAUGACCCACAUAAACUUGUUGAAGGAGCUCUCCUUGUUGGAUUUGGUAUGAGAGCCCGAGCUGCUUAUAUUUAUAUUCGUGGAGAAUUCUAUAAUGAAUACAGACAUUUGCAAGAAGCAGUCGAUGAAGCCUAUCAAAAGGGUUUAAUCGGCAAAAAUGCUUGCGGAACUGGUUAUGAUUUUGAUGUUUAUGUUCAUCGUGGUGCUGGAGCAUAUAUUUGCGGAGAGGAAACAGCAUUGAUUGAAUCACUUGAAGGAAAGCAAGGUAAACCAAGAUUGAAGCCUCCUUUCCCAGCAAACGUUGGUUUAUUCUCAUGCCCAACCACUGUAACUAAUGUUGAGACUGUAGCUGUAGUUCCAACAAUUUUGAGAAGAUCACCAGAAUGGUUUGCCAGCUUUGGUAGAAAGAAUAAUGCUGGAACCAAGCUGUAUGCAAUUUCUGGACACGUAAACACUCCUUGUGUAGUAGAAGAAGAAAUGAGCAUUCCUUUAAAGGAUCUUAUUGAAAGACAUGCUGGAGGUGUUCGUGGUGGAUGGGACAAUUUAUUGGCCGUCAUUCCAGGAGGUUCUUCAGUUCCUUUGAUUCCAAAAUCAGUUUGUGAAACUGUUCUUAUGGACUUUGAUGCUCUCAGAGAAGCUCAAUCUGGCUUGGGUACUGCCGCUGUGAUGGUCAUGGAUAAAUCCACUGAUAUUGUCAAUGCAAUUGCUCGUCUCUCGAAAUUCUAUGCACACGAAAGCUGUGGGCAAUGUACACCUUGUAGAGAAGGUACUGGCUGGUUGUUGAACAUGAUGGACCGAUUCGUUAAGGGUAAUGCUGAGAUUGAUGAAAUCGACACAUUAGAAGAAGUAUCUCGUCAAAUUGAGGGUCACACAAUUUGUGCAUUGGGUGAUGCUGCUGCUUGGCCAGUCCAAGGUUUAAUUCGUCAUUUCCGUAAUGAAAUGGAAGAUAGAAUUAGAAAGUACAAGAAGGAACAAGCCGCUAAAAGACACCGAGCCAGUGCUACUAUUUAA